AUACCUCGAGGUUCUUUCUGCGUCGCCUUGUAUGAGCAGUGUUCAUUUAAUCUAACCUGAAAUUCGAGAUCUCUAUCCAACCUUUUCAAAACAUUCUAUAGAAGAUACAUCUGUCCAUUUGUAACGGAAGUGGAAAAUGAAUCCAUCUGUCCAGUUAAUCGAAGGUCUGUCGGAGCAGCCACUGCGUUUGAAAAAAAUGCCCAAAGAUUACCCACUGUUGACUGGUUCGGAUCAUUGGAGACGGAAAAUUCGCACAGUUUUCAAGAGAUUAGAUACUGACGGCAAUGGCUACCUUACUAUAGAGGACUACGAGAUCGCGGCAAGGCGUGCUGCCGAGUACUUGGAACUGAAUGAUAAACAAGCUGAAUAUUUGCUUAAUCAUCGUCGUGUUAUAUGGACAGAUACUGUAAAGCAGAGCUCACAUCAAACCCACCCUGACAGAAUGUCAGAAGAUGAGUUUAUUCAGAGUCACUUCCUGGCAUUCAAUGAUAGCACCAUUCGAGAGAAUUUUGCAGAUUAUUGUUCAAUUGAAUUCAUCGCCAUUGACGCCAACGGCAGUGGUUUGAUUUCGCGUAGAGAGCACGCUGCUUACUUCUGUGGACUUGGCAUACCCACGGAGUUCUCGAAAGUUAUAUUUGAUAUCAUCGACACUGACAAAGAUGGAAUCAUCUCCAAGGAAGAGUUCACCCAAGCCCAGAUUGAGUUUUGGCUCAGCGAAGAUGAAAACAACAUUUACAAUGAAUUCCAUGGCCCUCUUGUUGCCUAAAUGCGACAUUUCUUAGACAAAUUAUGGAACAGGCAUUUGAGCAAUGAAUCAAGCUCACGGACUAAAUCAAAAUUAUGGGUUAUGGUGUAAAUGACACUGCUGCAUAAUGCAGAUAUUGCUGUCUGAGGUUUUCAACAAUAAGAAUUGACUAUGAACCUUUGUCAUAGUUGAUUGUAAGAAAAUCCUAAAAUAAGUAUCAUUUUGACUGAGAUAAUAAACAAUACGAGACGAUGGAAAUAUGAUGGAGUCGUUAAAACGUUGCCUUUAAAUUUAAUCUUAAUUUUGACCGGACUCGCGACCAAUUGGAGACCAAAUUUUGGUCCACUGUCAACAGUGGUCACGACCAGUAAUCUCUAAUAGAAUUACGAGAUGUUUAAUAUUUUUGGGCUUCAUCACGUUCAUUGGUUGCCAAUAUGCUUGCAAGUAUAUAUACUGUGGUUCCACCUUAUGCUCGGGUUGCCAAAGCUGCUUUUUUCUUUGUACAAUUUGCUUGUUGGAUAACGUUUUUCACAGAGGUUUGCACGUCCUUUGACAUUUUCUACAGACAGGGAGACAUACAUGAACUAACAUACUGAUAGUAACCAUUAUCAUAACAAGUGAAACCAAGUUUGUUUGACAGUGUGUUUGACGAGUUACUUUGCAAAAUUUACUUUCAUUUAUGCUAAAAAUACAAUGAAACAAAAGAAAAAAACAAUCAUCUUAAAAAGUUUUGCUGAACUUAAGCUCAACUAUUAAGGGUUUGUGACCUUCGGCGACCAGCUGCACAGUACAUUACAUAGAAAAUAAUAUUAUUCUGGUUUUUGUUUUAGACUAGAUACAAAAUGUACAAUGAAACAGCAAAAUGGAAAAUCUAUUUGUCUCUUUAAAAAUUACCUGUUUUUUCUAAACAUACUAAACGAUUUUCUACCUACAGGGCGGCAUGCGCUCCUUCAUCAAAAACCCUCACCUUGCUUGCUUGAAUGUUUAUGUACUUUGUUUAUUGCAAUGGUUUUAUAGGACCCAUCCCUCUGUCUGGAUAAAUAACUCAUACCGGUACAGUCUCUUUCCAUCAAACACCCUGGCUGACCACUGACCAAACAUUGAGCAUCUAUUCUGCAACCGCAGCGGUAUUUGUGCAUCCUUUUCUUAAAAUGUCUUUCACCGGACGACCUCCUUGAUGACCCUUUUGCAAUUGUUUUGAAAAUGCUCAAAAACAUCAUGACGUCCACAGAGACGCCUGAUCCACGAACGCCUUACCCGCACCCUUGCAUGACCUAAGUCACCACUGUUCCCCCUUUUAACUACCGACGGUAGCCUGGCCAUACAAGAUUCGCCUGACUUAAUGGGAGUUUAAAGUUAUUUAUCAAGGUCACCCUGUAGUAAAUGUGCACCUAAGUCGGUGUCGGGGGAAUAAGUUUACAUAACACUUAAAGUACAUAGCACAGGUUUUACACAUAUAUCAUGUUGCAUAUGUAAUAUACAGAACUAAAGGACACAUUUAAUGUUUUGAGAGUCAAAAAUGUCCUUCAUUGCCUGUCUCUUAAAUUGGCAAUCUUUCCAAGCGUAACGGUGUAGAUUGUAUCGCUAAUUAACCCCCCUUGUUUGGAAAAGGGGCUCAAUCUUGAGAAAAUUUUCUGACAUGACAUCGUCGUUAUGAAACGCAAAUAAACGUAAUAUCUGGGAUAACAAAAUGAAAUGUCCUGAACUUUAUAAGGUUCAAUUUACAGCUUUUAAAACGGGUUGGCUGCAGCUUACAUGGUGGAAAUUAUAUAUAUAUAUACACACAAAAAAUACAGCUUCCUUGGCAUUUAAUGAAUGUCUUUUUUUAUCUGCAAAUAAAUAUGAUUGUUUUCAGUCAACAGUCCCAUUUGUAACAUAGAACAACCGUGUAAACAUUAAAUUCGUUUAGUGUUUAUAGCCAGAAUGUGACUUGCAGCCAUGAUAUGCAAUUUACGUUCGCCUUUAAAUUCAAAUCUUCAACCUAGAUUUCAUGUUCCACAGCCCAAACGAUGAAAUUGUAUACAUUUUAGUAUGACUGUUAUGACAUCGUUAGUGGCUACGGGCUACGGUGACCGCUGGUAUACAUUAUAUGUGCGGGUGCCCUGCCAUUUCGCCGACAUGGCCUUUGGUUCACGAAGGGAAUGUUCGGUUUGUUGGUUAAAAAUUGGUCGUGCGGUGUCCUUUCGGUUCCAGAGCACUUCCUGUACCUUCGUGGCUUCGUUGAAGAUCGAUACGUUGUCGGAGCAGAUACCUA